CGGCGGCCCUGACAGGGGAGAGGCCCUCGCCCGCCGGGACCCGCCGCCUCAGAAUCUUGCCUCGAAGCGAGUCGUCUCCAGAGAGAAGAUGGCUCCUCUGAAGAUCCACGGCCCGAUCCGAGUGCGCAGCAUGCAGACGGGAAUCACCAAGUGGAAAGAAGGAUCCUUUGAGAUCGUGGAAAAGGAGAACAAAGUCAGCCUAGUCGUCCACUACAACGCCGGAGGAAUUCCCCGGACGUUUCAGCUCAGCCAUAACAUUAAAAACGUGGUGCUCAGACCCAACGGAGCCAAGCAAAGCCGCCUCAUCCUGACACUCCAGGACAACAGCUACCUGUCCAUCGACAAAGUUCCCUGGAAGGACGCCAAUGAAAUGAGAGUUUUCCUCGACGCCGUCCAUCAGGACAGGCUGCCCGCAGCCAUGAAGCCUUCCCAGGGGUCCGGAAGUUUUGGAGGAAUUUUGGGCAACCGAGCCGCUCCGCAGGAAAUCAACAGGCAUUUCUCGUACAUAGAAAAUCAGCCCCCCUCGAAGAGAGCGAGUUUGGAGCCUAAAGACGAGACCCCGCUUCGGAAGAUCCUCGGGAAUCCCGGGCGAGGAGCGGCCAAGACCCCGCCGGGAAGCGGAGCGUCCGGCCCCCGCUCCGGCGCCGCCGCGCUGACCCCCGCCUCCUCCACGCCUCUCAGAGCCGGGACGUUGGAAAACCGGAACGAAAAGAGGAAACGGCCGCUGUCUUGUGGGUCAGAGCUGAACGAAGAUUACCCCAAGGAGAAUGAUUCGUCGUCCAACAACAAAGCAAUGACAGACCCGGCGAGAAAAUAUCUAAGCAGCAGCCGGGAAAAACAGCUGAGUUUGAAGCAGGCAGAGGAAAAUAGAGCACCAGGGCUUCUGCCGUUGCAGUCAUCAUCCUUUUACGGAAGCAGAGCCUUAGGAAAAGACUACUCAGCUGGAAACCCCAACGGUGACAGGUCCAGCGUUUCGAGUCAGACGCCCUCUGCCAAGAGGAGUCUGGGAUUUCUGUCUCAGCCCGCGCCUCUGUCCGUCAAGAAGCUGCGCUCUAAUCAGGAUUAUACCGGCUGGAAUAAACCCAGGGUGUCCUUAUCUACUUACCCCCAACAACAACUGCAGGGUUUUUCCAACUUAGGAAAUACCUGCUAUAUGAACGCCAUUCUGCAGUCUUUGUUUUCCCUCCAGUCAUUUGCUAACGAUCUGCUCAAACAAGGGAUCCCUUGGAAAAAAAUCCCCCUCAACGCACUGAUCAGGCGCUUCGCCCAUCUCCUUUCCAAGAAGGAUGUCUGCAACUCGGAGACCAAGAAAGAGCUGCUCAAGAAGGUGAAAAAUGCCAUUUCGGCCACAGCAGAGAGAUUUUCAGGUUACAUGCAGAACGAUGCCCACGAGUUUCUGAGUCAGUGUUUGGAUCAGCUGAAGGAGGACAUGGAGAAACUCAACAAAACCUGGAAGAGCGAGCCGGGGUCCGGGGAGGAGAACUCCCCCGGGCCGGGGCGGCCGGCCGAGGACGGCGCCGCCGGCCGCGUCUACACCUGCCCGGUGGUCACCAACUUGGAGUUCGAGGUCCAGCACUCCAUCGUCUGCAAAGCCUGCGGCGAGACGAUCCCCAAACGAGAACAGUUUAACAACCUCUCCAUCGACCUGCCCCGAAGGAAGAAACCGCUGCCCUCGCGCUCUGUCCAGGAUUCCCUCGAUCUCUUCUUCCGGGCGGAGGAGCUGGAGUAUUCCUGCGAAAAGUGCGGCGGAAAGUCCGCCGUCGUCAUGCACAAAUUCAACCGGCUUCCCAGAGUCCUCAUCCUCCACCUGAAACGCUACAGCUUCAACGUGGCCCUGUCGCUGAACCACAAGGUGGGCCAGCAAGUAGUCAUCCCCCGCUUCCUCACCCUGGCAUCCCACUGCACCGACGCCACCAAGCCGCCGCUGACCCUGGGCUGGAGCGCGCCCACCCCGCCCUCUCGACCAUUGAAAGCCUCCCAAACGGUGAAUUCCAGCCCCAUCAGCACUUCUACUCCUUCUAGGACGCCGACGGUGAAGCCGAAGAGCGCCGCGACGUCCAGCCUGGAUUCGGACAGCGAGGACGAGGUCCUGAAGCGCUGCGUGGCUCCCAGUCCGAGGCCCAGCGAGGCGGCCAGCAGGGACCAGCAGCCCGAAGAGCUGGACAAGGGUUCGAGACGCGGCAAGGCGGAGGGCCCCCCGGGCGAGGCGGGCCUGGAGGGGCUGAGCGAGGACGAAGUGCUGGCCGCCGUCCUGGAGAUCAGCAGGAGGGAGGGACCCCAGCCCCCGGCCCGCGACGACGACGGCCCCGCCGGCGACGACAAGCCCACCAGCAGCCCGGACACCGGCUUCGCCGAGGACGACGGCCUGGAGACCCCCCCGCGCCCGGACCCCGCGGAGCCCGACAGGCCCCGGCCGGCCCCGGAGCUGGGUCCCGCCGGCUUCCCCGAGAUAGCCAAAGACUUCGACGAGAACAAAGAAAACAAAACCCCGGAGGGCUCCCAGGGGGAGGUCGCCUGGCUCCAGCAGUACGAUAUGGAGCGGGAGAGAGAGGAGCAAGAACUUCAACAGGCUCUGGCCCAGAGCCUCCAGGAACAAGAGGCCCGGGAGCAGAAAGAAGACGACGACCUGAAAAGAGCCACAGAGCUCAGUCUGCAAGAAUUUAACAGCUCUCUGCUGGACGGGACGGGCUCGGACGAAGACUCGGGAAACGAGGACAUUUUGGACAUGGAGUACACGGAGGCAGAAGCGGAGGAGCUCAGGAGAAACGCCGAGACGGGAAGCCUUCCCCACUCCUAUCGGCUCAUCAGCGUCGUCAGCCACAUCGGCAGCACUUCGUCUUCGGGCCAUUACAUCAGCGACGUGUACGACAUCAAGAAGCAGGCCUGGUUCACCUACAACGACCUGGAGGUGUCCAAGAUCCCCGAGGCCUCGGUGCAGACCGUCCGCGACCGCAGCGGCUACAUCUUCUUCUACAUGCACAAGGAAAUCUUGGACGAGCUGCUGGAAACGGAGAAGAACUCCCAGUCGCUCAGCUUGGAAGCGGGCCGGGCUGCCCGGCUGACCCCGUGAGGGUCGAGCGCGGGACGCGGAGGUGGAUCCCCCUGAGGAGAAAAACCCUGGAGACCCGUGCUCCACCCGGCAGCGCCUAACGCCCCGGAGCCGGGCCCGGAGGGGAGACCGACCGACCCAAGGACGGGCGGCCGGAAUUCCGGGGAACUUCCCCGCGGCCGCCUUUUCCCCCGGCGGGAGGACGGAGGAGUCGAACUUCUGCCGGUUCCGGGAACCCACGGUAGCUCCUUUUUUUUCCUGUUUGUUUUGUUGGUUUUUCGGUUGCUGGGGGGGUGGGGGGUCGUCUCCGUCGGAACAGAGCCUUAAAGACGGUCAAGACGGGAAGAGCCACCGCGAAAAGUGGAAAUGCGAGGCUUUUCGGCCGGAUCGGUCCUUCACCCCCCCCGUCUCGGGCGAACGGCCGAGGGCGAAGUCCGCCGGCCCUCUCCUCGUCCGACCCGUCUGCCCCUCGAGGCGAGGAAUUCCCUCCUCGUGGCGGGAAGCGAAUAAAGGUGCUGGGAAAACAUCUCCCGGCGUUCCGGCCGCCUCCUUGGGACUUCCAGCCGUGGCGGGGGCUGCCUCACCCUCCCGCGGCCCUGCGCGUUUUUAGAUGUUUCAUCCUCUCCUGGGACGUACUCGCUUUCGGUCUCAUCCCGAAGGGAAGCGGGAGGAGGAGGCGGCCCCCAUCCCGCUCCACUCUUCCCUCCGCCGUCCCCCGCGUGGGACCGGGUGGUUCCGGUUCUUCCCGAGGCCCAAGGGAGGUCGUCCGGCCCGACGGCGAGUCCGGGGAUCGGUCGGGAAUGUGACCUCUCGCGGAACGAGCGUGUCCUUCGGAAUCCCGGGCUCGAGGCGGGAGCGGACGGCGGAAAGUCGGGUGCCGACCUGCCGUGGUUAGCGAGUCAGUCGAGCCGCAGCUGCCCACCGGGAAGGGCGACUUCCUCGGAGCUGGAGAUCUCUCAGUCCGCCGAAAGUCUUCCCUCUCGGGCCUCGGCGCCAAGAACGGGCAACUGAUCCCAAACGGUCAACCGGGGGAAAAAAAAAUCCAAAGGCAGACAGGCCGAUUCCCAUCCCCCACGCCUCCCGCCAUCGAUAGCCUGAGGAGAAUCUUUCCCGACGCAGAGCGGAAAGGCCCGCCUGGAUCCUGGGCACGUCGGCGCCUGCCAAGGCGUCCUCGGCCCGGGCACCCAGACGGGACGGGAGAGGGGAGAGGCCCGACGGCUCUGAAGUUUCCAGCGGAAGACCGGACUUCCAGAGGCGUCCCGUCCGCAGGGAGAGGGGAAAAGCCUCCCGGCAGGGGGCUAGAAGAAACGUCCGCCACCUGUGCCCGGUUCCGGAGCGGGAUUCCCUACCUCCCUUCCCGGGAUUCCGACGAGGGGGCCGGGACCGUACGCUCUGUGACCCCUAUUCCCUUCCGCCUCCCAACUCCCUCCCAACAGAA